AUGGCUGCUAAGAUCCUCCUGGCCCCGCUGAUCUACGACGGCCGCCUCGUCUUCAAGAUGGUCUUUGCACCCAGCCCCACCAGUGACGACUUCCUGGCAGCCGUGAUAUGUGACAUCAAUAGGCUUGCCUACGUCACCACUAGGGCCAGGAUGCGGGUCGUGCUCGACCCCAUCCACCUCGCCGAAGGAGACCAGAUCGCCGACUUCCUUUACCAUAGAAAUUGUAUGGUCAACUGCCUCACUCAGUUUGGAGAUGUCCACGUGCUCCGCCUGCCGCAGCACCGCCGCCGGGAACCUAUCAUUCUCAAGGGCCACAUGUUAGCACAUCUUGUAGUGCAUAACAAGUGGAUCGUCCAGAUGCACGGGACAGGACCAGAUCUAAACACGUCACCCACUAUAGAGACAUUGUUGUCAUAUGUAGGAAGCAACAUGCUGUUUGACACCUCCACUGGCUUCGACCCGCCAUACAAUACAAUUUCGAAUUUCAUUAGUGCUAAUAACCUUGUGUUAUGCGAUGGUAACAUAUACCAAAUCUGGAGGAAUGCAUCCUGCAUGGUUCGUUUGCAGCUGCCAGGACGAGGUCGUUGCCGUGUAGAACAUGACGGAAUAUUUGUUUUGUGGUAUGACUCCCAGCGCCGACCAUAUUGGGACGUUGUGGCCGACUUAAGGGGACACUCAGUGUUUGUUGGGAGGAACAAUGCAGUGUCGAUAUAUGCGGAAGGUGUUCCGGGACUCAAGGGUGAUUGCAAGCUCUGCCCCGCCGCAUGCCACACCUUCAAGCUCAUCACAAUCCCCUCGGUUAGGACAUGUCUUGGUUGCCGCGGCGCAUGGCUUUCCCUCUCUAUCUGCAUCGACGAUGGUCAUAGUCUGCUCAGCCUCUUCCACCCCGUCAUGGCCACUGAGAUCCUCCUGCCCCCGCUUAUCUACGACAGGCGCCUCGUCUCCAAGAUGGUCUUUACUCCCAACCCCACCAAAGACGACUUCCUGGCGGCCGUGAUAUGUGACAUCAAUGGGUUUGCCAGCGUAACCGCUGGGACCAGGAGGUGGGCCGUCCUCGACCCCAUCCGCCUCGAUGAUGGAGACCAGAUCGCCGACCUCCUCUACCACAGAAAUGGUAUGGUCUACUGCCUCACUCGGUUUAGAGAUGUCCGCGUGCUCCACCUACCGCAGCACCGCUGCAGGAACCUAUCAUCCUCAAGGGCCACACAUUAG